AGUGAAUCGCAGAUCACACGCUCAUACAGCCCGAGCUCAAAUACCAGUCCACGCAGCCAGUGAUGUCAGCAUUCUAAUCGCCACUCUGAUUGGUGGAGGGACGUCUGUCAAACAUAGGCUGCACAUCUCGAUCUCAACAGUUGGACCACACAGCCCGGCGAACAGGGUUACUGCCGUGUCAGAAGGGUUUGUGUGGCGAGAGGUGCGCAGAGGAACCUCAGCUGCUGUCUGGUGCAUCCUCUCCACAAAUUUCCUUACAUUGGGAUAAGGGACAGUCGUCGGGACUCGCUGCAGACAGCAUGCAGCACAGAUCCUCUGAAAAUACUGGCUUUAACUGUCAGCGAAGCGAUGAGGAAGCUGUGCUGGACAGGGGUGGAACUCGCUCCAUGCUCAACACGAAUUUUGAGAAAGAGGAGCUGGAAGGCCACCGUACCCUCUACAUUGGGGUGCAUGUACCUUUGGGUCGGAGAUCACAUAGACGACAUCGUCACCAUGGACACCGUCACAGGAAGAGGUCACGGGAAAGAGACUCUGGAACCGAAGAUGGCAGAGAAUCACCUUCAUAUACGGACACACCAUCACAGCGUGUACAGUUUCUGCUGGGAAUGGAGGACGAUGAGGAACACAUUCCUCAUGCUCUUUUCACCGAGCUGGACGAGAUCUGCCUGAAAGAGGGAGAGGAUGCGGAAUGGAAAGAGACGGCUAGAUGGCUGAAGUUUGAGGAGGAUGUGGAGGAUGGAGGGGAGAGGUGGAGUAAGCCAUACGUGGCUACUCUUUCCCUUCAUAGCCUGUUUGAGCUGCGGAGCUGCAUCCUAAAUGGCAUCGUCAUGCUGGACAUGAGGGCCAACUCACUGGAGGAGAUUGCAGAUAUGGUUUUGGACCAGCACGAGACGUCAGGCUUAUUGGGAGAGGAGGUGAGGAAGAAGGUCCGAAAUGCUCUCCUUAAACAGCACCACCAUCAGAACCAGAAGAAACUGGCUAACCGGAUUCCCAUCGUACGCUCUUUCGCAGAUAUCGGCAGAAAGCAGUCUGAGCCACACUCCAUGGAUAAGAAUGGACAGAUGGUGUCUCCUCAGGCUCAGCCCACCACUACAGAGGGACGUGGGGAUGGCAGUCGUGAGAACAGUGCUGUUGACUUCAGCAAAAUAGACCUCCACUUCAUGAAGAAAAUCCCACCCGGGGCUGAGGCAUCCAACAUCCUAGUGGGUGAGCUAGAGUUUCUGGAGAAACCUGUGGUGGCCUUCAUCCGUCUGUCUCCCGCUGUGCUGCUUAACGGCCUGGCAGAGGUUCCCAUCACCACCAGGUUUCUCUUCAUUUUGUUGGGCCCGAUGGGGAAAGGGCCUCAGUACCAUGAGAUUGGCCGUUCCAUUGCAACACUCAUGACCGAUGAGGUGUUUCAUGAUGUGGCUUAUAAAGCAAAGGAUCGUUCUGACCUUGUGGCAGGAAUCGAUGAGUUUUUGGACCAGGUGACUGUGCUGCCCCCAGGCGAGUGGGAUCCCACCAUCAGAAUAGAGCCGCCCAAAAACGUGCCCUCACAGGAGAAGCGGAAGGUUCCUCCUCUGGCCAAUGGAGGGGCUGAUCUGGGGGAGAAUGAGGAACACGGAGGCCACGGAGGACCAGAGCUACAGCGCACAGGGAGGUUAUUUGGUGGCUUAAUUCUGGACAUCAAACGUAAGGCUCCUCACUACCUGUCAGAUUACACAGACGCCAUAAGUUUGCAGUGUCUCGCCUCCUUCCUCUUUCUGUACUGCGCCUGCAUGUCUCCUGUAAUCACCUUUGGAGGUCUCCUGGGAGAAGCUACAGAAGGACGCAUAAGUGCGAUAGAGUCUCUGUUUGGAGCCUCUAUGACGGGUAUAGCGUACUCUUUGUUUGCUGGACAGCCCCUCACUAUCCUGGGCAGCACGGGACCUGUCUUGGUCUUUGAGAAAAUCCUCUUCAAAUUCUGCAAAGAGUAUGGUUUGUCCUACCUCUCCCUGCGCGUGUGUAUCGGUCUGUGGACGGCCUUUUUCUGUCUUUUGCUGGUUGCCACAGACGCUAGCUCUCUGGUGUGUUACAUUACACGAUUCACAGAGGAAGCCUUCGCUUCCCUCAUUUGCAUCAUCUUUAUCUACGAAGCUCUGGAGAAACUUAUUCAUCUGGGAGAGACAUACCCUUUCAACAUGCACAACAACCUCAACCAGCUCACUCAGUACUCAUGUGUGUGUACAAUGCCUACAAAACCCAGUAAUGCCACACUGAAUUAUUGGGAGGAAAAAAACAUCACUGCAUCUGAGAUUGACUGGCUAGGCCUAGAUGUCAAGGGCUGUGUGGAGAACAGGGGUGAGUUUCUGGGCAAAGCCUGUGGCCAUCACGGUCCAUACAUACCUGACGUCCUCUUCUGGUCUGUCAUUCUCUUCUUCUCUACGGUUGCUAUGUCGUCCUUCCUCAAGGAGUUCAAAACAAGCCGUUACUUCCCCACCAAGGUGAGGGCAGUUAUCAGUGAUUUUGCUGUUUUCAUCACCAUCCUGACCAUGGUUCUGACCGACUACGCUCUGGGGAUCCCCUCUCCAAAACUACAGGUUCCUAAUGAGUUUAAACCAACCAGAGAUGACCGUGGCUGGUUCAUCAGUCCACUGGGACCAAACCCGUGGUGGACCACCAUUAUUAGCUUCAUCCCUGCUCUGUUGUGCACCAUCCUCAUCUUCAUGGACCAACAAAUCACUGCCGUUAUUAUUAAUAGGAAGGAACACAAGCUGAAGAAAGGCUGUGGGUAUCAUCUGGACCUGUUUGUGGUGGGUGUGAUGCUGGGCGUGUGCUCUCUCAUGGGCCUCCCGUGGUUCGUGGCUGCGACUGUGCUGUCAAUCAGCCACGUGAACAGCCUGAAAUUGGAGUCCGAAUGCUCCGCACCCGGUGAACAGCCCAAGUUCUUGGGCAUCAGAGAGCAGCGCUUCACCGGCCUCAUGAUAUUCGUCCUCAUGGGCAGCUCAGUAUUUAUGACCUCCGUACUGAAGCAUAUCCCGAUGCCUGUGUUAUACGGAGUUUUCCUCUAUAUGGGAGCGUCGUCUCUCAGGGGCAUACAAUUUUUUGAUCGUGUGAAACUGUUCGGGAUGCCGACAAAACACCAACCUGAUUUUAUCUACUUGAGACACGUCCCGCUGAGAAAAGUUCACUUGUUCACCAUCAUCCAGUUCAGCUGCCUGGUGCUUCUUUGGGUCAUCAAAACCUCCAGAGCCGCCAUAGUCUUUCCUAUGAUGGUCUUAGCCCUUUUGUUCAUCCGUAAGCUGUUGGAUUUUUUCUUCUCUAAGCGAGAUCUCAGCUGGCUUGAUGACCUCAUGCCAGAGAGCAAGAAGAAAAAACUGGAAGAUGCACAGCAAGAGGAGAGUCAGUGUGUCUUGAUGGAGGAGGAAGGAAUUGUACAAGUGCCCCUAGAGGGGCAUUUUAAGGACGAUCCAUCCACGGUCAACAUUACAGAUGAAAUGACAAAGACGUCUUUUGGAAACAUCUGGAAAGGCCUCAACUCUGACAACACCAACAAAGAUCAAAGCUCAAAAAGCUCAAAAGUUGUGGGGGCUAUUGGACGUAAGCGAGGUGAUGAAGAGACGGAGAAAGAUUUGGAUAGAGAGACGAGUUUGUGAGUUCUUGUAUUUCAAAACACAGUAUCGUGCCACUCUACAAGCAUCACUAUAUGCUUCUGUUCUGUAGGUCUGUGUGUGCCAGUACGUGCUAAGGCACCUUGUUAUAUUUACAUAUUUUUUAGGUGGGGAGAGGGGAGGGGAGAGGGAAGGUGGGGUGCCGCCCACAAGGAGGAUUGUUGGGUUGUGUUUAACGGUCCACCUAAAGGUUACUUUUGUUUUCAACCAGGUAGAGUGUAUUUUGUAUGUUUAAUAUUUUUUUUUUUUGACUGUAGUUCCUAUUGAAAUUCCUUGUCUUAUAGCCUGAAGAUGUUUAUUGUAUACAAUUCAUUCUCUUUUUAUUAUGCAUUAAUGAUAAAUAUUCAUUUGUGGGCAUAGUUAAAAUAUCAUAAUAGGAAGAAGCAAUUUCUGACGGAAGAUGCAAAAUGAGUUCUGUCAGCUUUUUCAAUGUCUGUGCAAUUACGUCAAAAUGUUCUCCACACCACUAAAUAAGAUACUUGAUGUUAACAUUUGCUACUUACGAACAGUGACCAAUAUUUUUUUAAAGUACUUUUAUGAAGUUUUCCCAUUUUGUGAAUUUUAUUGUAAUAUUUCCCUAAAAACACAAACGUACAGUCCGAGUGCCCUGUGCUCGUUUUAACAUUUUCUCUCGAACGUCUUGAUAUGAAACACAUCCAUAUUCAUAAAUUCACUGGUUGUUCUGACUGUUUUUUAUUUGAUUUUUGAAGCGUUCUCAUUUUGUGUUGUACUCAAACAUGCAAAUAAUAGUAAACAUAUAUUUUGUUAAAACGUUGCAAAUAAUAAUAUAACUGUAUAGUGUUGUUCCACAAUGUUUCUGAGUGACAAGGCAUCUGUCUCCUCUACAAGACUCAUUUACAAACCGAGAAAAGAGACCUCAUCGCUCGAACGAACGAAUGAAUUAUACUAUUACUGCCGAUAAUACAAAAAUCCUACAAGAAAUGCAAUAAUAUUCCUUUGUACAAACCAGAGACGAAUCUAUCAUUAAUCAUCAGCACAUCUACAUGUGAUUCUGUAUUUUGUCAAUGUGUAUAAUUUUAAAUAACAAAAGUUAUUUAAUGUGUGGAUAGAUUUAAAUAUGUAUAGAGUGGGAAGAAAUGAAUGUUUUCAUGUUACUGUCAGUGUUAUUACAAUGUUUUGCCAUUUUUGAGGUUGGUUGACGAAACUACGACACGCACAUAUAUGUCAUGCACAUGUCAGCAGUACAAAGUUCUGUUGUUUUUACUGUAAAAUAAGCAUUUCUUUCUGAAAACAGCCACUGUUGUUUGUUAAAUUAUUCAUUCAAAUGAACAUAUAUCGUUACAACUGUGAGACAUUUUCAUCAGAAUAAAUGUAACUGCAAAUAAACUGACACUAAGUGUGUUUUGUAA